AUGGAGGACACUUACAAUAACAGGACUUCUCUGGUUAAGGGGGCCAAGGACAUAGUCAAGGAGGCCAAGCGGCAUGCGACAAAGAAAGUAGGCAAGGCGGUGGACCGUGCAACCGAUGAGUACUCGUCCGGCCGCAACUACAGCCGAUUCCAAGACGAGGAGGAUGAGGAUGAGGAUUUCUACAAGAACCCGCCGCGGCAGGAUGGAGAGGGCAACCACGACAACGAGGAGGGCUCCAGCGAUGCCACAGAGGGCCAUGACGAUGAGGACGAGAUCUACGAGGGCGAGUACCAGGGGAUCCCCUCGGCAGGAGACAGUAAGCAUAAGGACGGCCAGGUGGCGCUGGGGCAGCUGCAGUCGGAUGCCACAAGGGACCGUAAGGAGCUGGACCAGGAGAGGCAGGCCGAUGAGGAGGAGCUGGCCCAACAGUACGAGCUCAUCAUCCAGGAGUGUGGCCACGGGAGGUUCCAGUGGCAGCUGUUCCUGGUACUCGGGCUGGCGCUCAUGUCAGACGGCGUGGAGGUGUUUGUGGUGGGCUUCGUUCUUCCCAGUGCAGAGACAGACAUGUGUGUACCCAACUCCAGCUCCGGAUGGCUAGGCAGUGUUGUAUACUUGGGGAUGAUGGUUGGCGCGCUCUUCUGGGGAGGGAUGUCUGACAAAGUUGGCCGCAGACAGAUUCUCCUCAUUUGCAUGUCCACAAACGGCUUCUUCGCCUUCCUGUCGUCUUUUGUCCAGGGAUACGGCGUGUUCCUCCUUUGCCGUCUCGUCGCAGGCUUCGGGAUAGGAGGUGCCGUGCCGAUCGUCUUCUCCUUCUUUGCAGAGGUGUUGUCCAGGGAGAAAAGAGGAGAGCACCUCAGCUGGCUGUGUAUGUUCUGGAUGAUUGGAGAGAUCUAUGCAUCUGCUAUGGCCUGGGCCAUCAUACCACACUACGGUGAGUUCCCCACAAAUUAUCACAGCCACACUGGUUGGAGCUUCAGUAUGGGCUCAGCGUACCAGUUUCACAGUUGGAGGGUGUUUGUGGUCGUCUGCGCUCUCCCCUGUGUGUGUGCCGUGGUGGCUCUUACCUUCAUGCCUGAAAGCCCCAGAUUCUACCUCGAGGUGGGGAAGCACGAUGAAGCCUGGAUGAUCCUCAAACAGAUCCACGACACCAACAUGAGAGCGCGUGGGCAGCCGGAGAAAGUCUUCACCGUAAACAGGAUCAAGAUCCCCAAACAGUUGGAUGAACUUGUUGAAAUGCAAUCCGAGUCUGGCAACCCAGUAUCCAAGUUUUUCUUUCGGAUAAAGUCUGAAACACAGGGGAUCUAUCAUAACCUGAUGAAGUGCUUCAACUACCCAAUGCGAGAUAACAUGAUGCGUCUUGCCACGGUGUGGUUCACACUGUCAUUUGGGUAUUAUGGGCUGUCAGUCUGGUUCCCUGACGUCAUCAAACACCUUCAGGCAGACGACUACGCCUCCAAAGUGAAGAUCCACAACAAUGAACGCAUCGAGGACUUCACCUUCAACUUCACCCUGGAGAACCAGAUACACAGAAAUGGCCUCUUUAUUAACGACCGAUUCAUCAAUAUGAAGCUGAAGUCCAUUACCUUCAUUGACUCUACUUUUCGUAACUGCUACUUCGAUGACGUGACAUCAGUGGGCUCCUUUUUCCGCAACUGUACUAUCAUUGAUGGUUUCUUCUUCAACACAGACAUCUAUGAGUCCAAGUUGAUCGACGGCACAGAGGUGAUCAACAGCACCUUCACACACAACAAGACAGGCUGUCAGAUGACUUUUGAUGACGACUACAGCGCCUACUGGGUUUACUUCAUCAACUUCCUCGGGACCCUGGCUGUUCUGCCCGGCAACAUCGUGUCAGCCCUUCUCAUGGACAAAAUUGGCCGUCUGUCCAUGUUAGGUGGUUCCAUGGUCUUGUCGGGCAUCAGCUGUUUCUUCUUGUGGUUCGGCACCAGUGAGUCCAUGAUGAUUUUCAUGUUGUGCCUUUACAACGGCCUGAGCAUCUCUGCCUGGAACUCCCUGGAUGUGGUCACUACUGAGUCAUUCCCUACUGCCAGGAGAGGAACAGGCUUCGGGUUCUGCAACGCUCUGUGUAAGCUCGCCGCCGUCCUGGGGAAUCUGUUUUUCGGUUCACUCGUCGGCAUCACCAAGGCCAUCCCCAUCCUCAUGGCCUCGUCUGUGCUCGUUUGUGGAGGCCUGGUCGGACUCAGGUUGCCUGACACCAGGGAAAAUGUUCUCAUGUAA